GCUCUGUGUUACGGUCCGCCCCCUCGUUUUCAGCUUGUGUCAACCUUUUUUUUUUAUUUUGGUAACGGCACAUGGCAUCGCGAGCUCGCCCUGGUGGCACCGCAGCGCGCGCGCACUCACAGCUGGCAUUCAUUCUCGCGUGCCUUCUGAACCAUCGACAAGACAGGCUGAGGAGAGGCGGCAGCAGCGCUCCGGUCUUUUAAAAGCUGCCUUUUCACCCUUUUUAAAUAACAAUUCUGGUGACCGUAACUUCCAGGCUGUAGCCACUAAUAGUGUUGUUUCCUGGCUUUAAAAGUAUUUUUUUUUUUUGUUGAGAAAAAAUAUUUAACUGGUGGAGGAGAAGACAUUCGAAAUUGCACCGCAUUCAACUUGGGUUGAACUUGAGCCUGUGUUGAUCUGAUCAUUCAAUGGCACAAACGCUGAAAUUGAUCGGGCCUUCUCCAUGGGGCUUCAGAAUAUUUGGAGGAAGGGAUUUCAAGAAGGCCAUUACUGUAUCAAAGGUCAAUGGGGGCAGCAAGGCAGAGCAAGCAAACCUACAAGCUGGUGACAUCAUCCUGGAAAUCAAUGGUGAAAACACAGUGGACAUGCUGAAUGUGGAGGCCCAGAAUAAAAUCAAGAACUCCAAGACCCAUCUGCAGCUGGUGGUGGAGAGACCUGAACCUCCCAGCCCUGCACAGACCAAUGGGAUCAGCACCUCUGAGCAGCUCACUGGACGGUUCCAGGAGGCAGUCAUAGUGAGUCGAGAUGAGAACCAGAACUACAGAGAGUAUAAAAUCUCCAGUCCUACGUCACUGUCCCCAGGACCCUAUUCAUCCUAUUCUCCUGCCAGCCCUGACAGAAGAGGGGAAAGACUGACACCAACCAUCAACAAGAGUGUGCAGCUGCGCUCAUGGUCACCAGAGGAACAAAAUAACCAUCUGUCCAGGCCACAGUCUCAGGAAUUCUUUCCUUCAGACUUCAGACACCCCUCUGGGUGCAGCAGGACCCCAACCCCACCAGGACGCUACUCACCUCACAGCCCUGCCGACCGGGAGGUUCCCAUUUCCCCCCGGCGUAGUAGUUCAAGUUCAGACUUUGCCAUGCAAAGGUUUGACAAGGACUCAGAGGUGUUCAAGAUGAUCCAGGAGAACAAAGAGUCCCGGGCAGCACCUCGUCAGUCCAACACCUUUAAAAUGUUGCAAGAAGUCCUGGAGGCUGAUGAGAAAGAGGCAGCCAUGCGGUUUCCUGGGAAGCUUUCCCCCAACGCCCCAAAACAAAACACACCUGUUGGAGGAAUCAGCAAACACCACACCUGUGAGAAGUGUGGCACAAGCAUUGUGACACAGGCAGUUCGCAUCACAGACAGCUUCUUCCGUCAUCCGGAGUGCUAUACUUGCUCAGAUUGUGGGCUUAACCUGAAGAUGAGGGGUCACUUUUGGGUUGGAGAUACAAUGUAUUGUGAGAAGCAUGCCAAAGAGAGGUAUCAGGGCUCAGGCAACUCCAUUCAGACCACUGUAUCCCACCCCCAAUGAGUUGGCAUCUCCACAACCCUUCCACUCUGCACGGAGUGGUGCUGGUCUGCCCGAAACACCACCUCAUCUGACUCACUGAUACACCUUGAAAACAUUCGUUGGGGGGGACAUUACAUUUAUUUCUGAUCUUUAAUCUUUAAUCAAUUAUUGCAAUUUUAUAAUAUACACUUUCUUGACUUGUUGUUUCAUGAGAACUUGGUAUUUUUCCCCAUUUGGUUCAGCCUUUAUGGUCUCUGUAAGUCAUUCUUUGCCAAAAUAGUACUGAGUCGAGACUGCAUAACACAAAUGCUUUAAAAAAGUUCAAUAUAACUGACCCCUGGAGGAUGAAGAUCACCAUCUGAAUUUUCUGAAGACAAAAAAAGGACCAAUAACUAUCAGACUCUGCAUGCUGCCUUGAAGUUGUUCGUUACACAGAUGAUGCUAUGAGAGUGAGUGCAUGCCCUUCCAUGCAAAUAUGGGGCUUUUGCAUGGCUUCAUAUCACAUGUGUGUAUGGUUGUUUGGUUGUUUGUUUGUUUGCACAUGAGAAAGACAUGAAAAAAGAUGGCAGCCAAGUUAUUGUAGAGUUGUAGAGAGUGGUAGAUUCAGGCCAAAAUUCCUAUUUAGUUCAUCUACCUUUUUGUAAAAUGAAUUGAUAAGAAUUGGUAAAGGGGGGAGAAAUGCUUGUUUGGCUCUUUUGUUAAUUUAGAGGGACAAGAUAUCCAUUCAAUAUAUAAAUAUUUUUGUGGUUAUAAUAUAAUAUAGAUCAUUUAAAAUGCAUAUUGUAUGCAUGGGAUAUUUAGUAUGAUAAGACGUUUUGAUGCAGCACAUGUCCAGUUCCAGCAGUACUGAUGGACUUUAAUCUUCACAUUUUUUGUGGAAUAUAAUAAAGUUGCACAACUCGAAA